AAAAAGAGAAAUAAGAGUCCGACUCCGUCCUCCCUCACCACUCUUCUUCUUCUCCCUCAGUCGUCUGUAGCCGGCGUUGGACAUGGCUGUCUCGGUAGCAUGCUGCGGCGUCUCCUUCGUAAAUGCACCCGCUAAACUCCUCCAAUCUUCGUCAGCCCUCUGUUUCCGAGCUAGCUCGAGUUGUAAACUAAACCCAGAGAAGAAGAAGUACACAUUGAGAGUGAGAGAUGAACAUAGUAGUAACGAUGGACCCCAACCGAUGGCUUUCAAGUCGUCGCCGUUUGGGUCUUCUCAACAGAAAAAGGAUAAAAAGGAGUCUCAGCCUACUGAUUUGCGGCAGACUGAUCCUGCCAAGAUUCACGAUGCUUCCUUUCUCGACGCCGUUGUUAAGGUUUACUGCACUCAUACAGCGCCUGAUUACUCCCUCCCUUGGCAGAAGCAACGACAGUUUACCAGCACUGGAAGUGCUUUUAUGAUUGGAGAUGGCAAGCUCUUGACCAAUGCCCACUGCGUCGAACAUGAUACCCAGGUUAAAGUUAAGAGAAGAGGAGAUGAUAGAAAGUACGUGGCUAAGGUUUUGGUAAGAGGUGUGGACUGUGACAUCGCUUUGCUCUCUGUAGAAAGCGAGGAUUUCUGGAAAGGAGCUGAACCACUUCGCUUUGGCCAUUUACCCCGCCUUCAGGAUUCAGUUACUGUCGUUGGGUAUCCUCUGGGAGGAGAUACUAUCUCUGUUACAAAAGGGGUUGUAUCACGUAUCGAGGUAACAUCAUAUGCUCAUGGAUCAUCUGACUUGCUUGGCAUUCAAAUCGACGCAGCAAUUAAUCCAGGGAAUAGUGGUGGCCCUGCUUUCAACGACCAGGGGGAAUGUAUUGGAGUAGCAUUUCAGGUUUACAGAUCCGAAGAGACCGAAAAUAUUGGAUACGUUAUUCCAACAACAGUUGUUUCUCACUUCUUGACUGAUUAUGAGAGGAACGCAAAGUACACUGGUUACCCUUGCCUUGGAGUAUUGCUGCAGAAAUUGGAAAAUCCAGCUCUGCGGGAGUGCCUAAAAGUCCCUACAAAUGAGGGGGUGUUGGUGCGAAGAGUUGAACCUACAUCUGAUGCAAGUAAAGUCCUGAAGGAGGGAGAUGUGAUUGUAAGUUUUGAUGAUCUACGUGUGGGAUGUGAAGGAACUGUACCCUUCAGAUCAAGUGAACGCAUUGCAUUCCGUUAUCUCAUCAGUCAAAAAUUUGCAGGUGAUAUCGUAGAGCUUGGUAUCAUUAGAGCAGGAGAACCUAAGAAAGUUCAAGUUGUUCUGAGGCCAAGAGUGCACCUGGUCCCGUACCAUAUUGAUGGAGGUCAGCCAUCAUACAUAAUAAUUGCUGGUUUGGUGUUUACUCCGCUCUCAGAACCCCUGAUAGAGGAGGAAUGCGAGGACAGCAUAGGCUUGAAAUUGCUAACAAAGGCACGCUACUCCGUGGCAAGGUUCAGAGGAGAACAAAUCGUCAUCCUAUCACAGGUUUUGGCAAAUGAAGUAAACAUUGGCUAUGAAGACAUGAACAACCAGCAGGUCCUGAAGUUCAAUGGAACUCAUAUAAGAAACAUCCAUCAUCUGGCACACCUCAUUGACAUGUGCAAUGACAAGUACCUGGUUUUUGAGUUUGAAGACAACUAUGUCGCCGUGUUGGAGAGAGAAGCUUCGAAUUCGGCUUCUUUGUGCAUCCUCAAAGACUAUGGAAUUCCCUCAGAAAGAUCCGCUGAUCUGCGUGAGCCAUAUGUAGAUCCAGUACAUGACAACGAAGCACUUGACCAAGGUUUUGGAGACAGCCCUGUGUCAAAUCUAGAAAUUGGCUUCGAUGGACUGGUGUGGGCAUAAGGGUUCAGAGAAACAGAGUUUAAAAAAAAAAAAAAAAAUCCGCAGACGGAAGCUGCUGGGAGCUUCCCAUAGCCUAUGGGAAAGCUCUCAGAUUCAUACUCAUUCAUAAGGUCUUGACCUGUUCCAAGCUCAGUUUAUUUAUUUCUUCAGAUCUCUAGGGGCUGAAUUUGAUAGAAAAUUCCCCAUAAGAUUGUUCUCCCUUGUGUUCAGAUGAGUGUAGUAGUCUAGUGGAAGAAAGUCAACAUUUUAUACUUAAUGUCUGAUUUUGAUGAGAAAUGAAAUGCAGUAAUGUCUGCUCUUACCAUAA